AUGCCUCCAAUCCCCAUCUACUCGGACGCACCGAUCAAGCCGCCUGCCGCCGCCGCAAAGGCAGAAGGCGUAACACCGCAAACGGCUGCAGCAAACGGUCACCAGCAACCCGCACCGACCCGCACCACUGCCACAACCACCGCCGCCUUCGACCCUUCCGCGCCUCCACCGCCGCAACCAGGCGCCGCGCCUGUUCCUCCUCCAACCUCCCAAUUCUCCGCCUCUUCUUCCCCGCCACGGCCGCAGCCGGGCGCCGCGCCCGUCCCCGCACCCACGGGUAGCAGCAACAAUGAUAGCACGGUCACGAAGACGGUGACGGAGACGGUGACAACGCUAGGCGGCCCGCCACCGCAGUUCGGCAUACCGGCACCAGGCGCGAACGCGGCUGCCACACGCUCGACCGACGCUGGUAUUCCUCAGCAUAGCGCGAAUAAUGGCCCGACGACGAUAAAUUUCGGUGCGGUGGAAGGCGGUGCGACGAGGGCUCGUGGGUCGAGUACGGCGUCGUUGGAGCACCCGCCAGGCUAUGUACAGAAUCCAUACGUUGACGGAACCGCGGCACAGCGAGCGGCUAUGGAGGAUGCGGCAGCGAGGGAGAGAGAAGAAGGUGGCAUGUGGGGAACCGUCAAGGGCUUCGCAGCCAGCGUGGGCCAGCAGUUGAAGAAGGCGGAUCAGGAAGCUUGGAAGUUGGUUGGGAAUGCAGGAAAAUAG